AUGUCACAGACCAAAACCGUGAAGGUCCGUGUGACCCUCUCCUUCAUUCUGGUGGGCACCGUGCUGGCCAUGGUGGCCGUGGUGACCGACCACUGGGCCGUGCUGAGCCCCCACGUGCAGCACCACAACGGCACCUGUGACGUGGCUCACUUCGGCCUCUGGAGGAUCUGCACCAAGCACGUCGUCCUGGGUGACGGCGAGGACCAGAGCUGCAGAACCAUCACCCUGAGCGGGGAGAAAAACUGUUCCUACUUCAGGCAUUUCAACCCAGGCGAGAGCUCGGAGAUCUUCGAAGUCACCACUCAGAAAGAGUAUAGCAUCUCGGCGGCUGCCAUCUCCAUCUUCAGCCUUGGCUUCAUCAUUUUGGGCACCAUCUGCAUCCUCCUGUCAUUCCGGAAGAAGAGAGAUUACCUGCUGAGGCCAGGAUCCAUGUUCUACGCCUUCGCAGGUCUCUGCAUCCUCGUCUCGGUGGAGGUCAUGCGGCAGUCAGUGAAGCGCAUGGUGGACAGCGAGGACACGGUCUGGAUCGACUACUACUACUCCUGGUCCUUCGCCUGCGCCUGCACGGCCUUCGUCCUGCUCUUCCUAGGCGGCCUGGCCCUCCUGCUCUUCGCCCUGCCUCGAAUGCCCCAGAACCCAUGGGAGUCCUGCAUGGACGCUGAACCCGAGCAUUAGUCUCCUGGGGCCCCAGCGACCCUUGGGGCUUUCCC